AUGAAGAAGCUCUCGAAGGAACACGACCAUGUCUUGAAAACCUUCAGACUGCUCAUUGCGGACCUGUGUCAGCAAUUCAACGGCGGCCACCCCGGUGGAGCAAUUGGUAUGGCGGCGAUUGGAGUCGCAUUGUGGAAGUACGUUAUGCGAUACGCGCCCCAUACUCCGGAUUACUUCAACCGGGAUCGAUUCGUUCUGUCUAACGGACACACGUGCCUGUUUCAGUAUACAUUCCUCUACCUCGCAGGCUACAAAGCCAUGACGUUCGACCAGCUGAAGUCAUACCACUCCGAUCGCAUCGAUGCACUAUGUCCUGGACAUCCAGAAAUCGAACACGAGGGAGUCGAGGUGACGACCGGACCACUCGGACAAGGCGUAGCAAACGCGGUCGGCCUCGCAAUGGCAACGAAGAAUUUGCAGGCAACCUAUAACAGGCCGGAUUUCGACAUCAUCUCGAACCACACGUGGUGUAUGAUUGGAGACGCUUGUCUUCAGGAAGGCGUUGCGCUGGAAGCAAUCUCCUUCGCUGGCCACCUGAAGCUGAAUAACCUUACGAUCAUUUACGAUAAUAAUCAGAUCACUUGUGAUGGAAGCGUAGAUCUGACAAACACGGAGGACAUUAAUGCUAAGAUGAGAGCGUGUGGAUGGGACGUAAUCGAUGUCGAGGAUGGGUGUUUCGAUGUUGAAGGGAUUGUCGAUGCACUGAACAAGGCGAGGGCAUCGACCGACAAACCAACCUUCAUCAACGUUCGAACCAUCAUCGGACUCGGAAGCGCCGUUGCAGGAAACGCAGUAGCUCAUGGAGCAGCCUUUGGCGCGGCGGAUGUCGCAAACAUGAAGAAGAUGUAUGGAUUUAGCCCGGAAGAGCACUUCGUCGUAAGCGACGAGGUGCGCCAGUUCUUUGAAGAUAUUCCGACAAGGGGGCAGGAGCUAGUGCGAGCGUGGGAGAAGAAGGUCCAAGAAUAUGAGGCGAAAUAUCCUGAGCUAGGGGCUGAGUUCCGGAGGCGUGUGGAAGGUCGUUUGCCAGACAAUUGGAAGGAGUUGAUUCCAACGAUAUUCCCGGAUAAGCCAACAGCGACGAGGGCAUCCUCCGGCCUGGUGUUCAAUCCAAUAGCUAAGGAGUGCAAUAGCUUCAUGGUCGGCACUGCGGAUCUGUCGCCUUCGGUGAAUAUGAUGUGGAAAGGCAAGGUUGAUUUUCAGCAUCCUGACUUGAAGACGACAUGCGGCAUUACUGGCAACUACGGCGGCCGGUAUAUCCACUAUGGCGUGCGAGAGCAUGCCAUGUGCGCCAUCUCCAACGGCUUGGCGGCAUUUGCGCCCAACACGUUCGUGCCGGUCACAUCCUCUUUCUUCAUGUUCUAUCUCUAUGCAGCUCCAGCCGUCCGCAUGGGCGCGCUGCAGCACCUUCAGAUUAUCCACGCCGCGACCCACGACUCAAUUGGCAUGGGCGAGGAUGGGCCGACGCACCAGCCUAUCGAGCUGGCCGCCCUAUAUAGAGCCAUGCCGAAUGUUUUGUAUAUCCGACCGGGCGACAGCGAAGAGACGGCGGGUGCGUGGAUCGUGGCGAUCGAGGCGAAGCGGACGUCUACCAUCAUCUCGACAUCGCGACACGCUCUUCCGCAACUGAGCCAGACGCGGCGAGACGGCGUGGCGAAGGGCGCGUACGUGCUGGAGGAGGUCGAGGACGCAGACGUGACGCUGAUCGGAGUCGGGGCUGAGCUGUGCUUCGCUGUGGACGUGGCCAAGGAGCUGCAGGCUAAGGGCGCGAAGGCUCGGGUGAUUAGUUUUCCGUGUCAGCGGCUGUUCGAGGCUCAGUCGCUGGAGUAUAAGCGCGACACACUGCGAAAGCAUCGCCUUCCCGCCAUCGUCAUCGAGCCGUAUGCGCCCAACGGCUGGGAGAGGUACGCCAACGCUGCCGUUUGUGUGAAGCGCUUCGGCCACAGUCUGCCGGGCAAGGAAGCCUACAAGUUCUUCGGAUUCGAGGUAGGUCCAAUGGCCGCGAAGAUAGGCGAUUAUCUCGAAAGGAUCAAGGCGGACUCACUCCUCCGCCAUGAGUUUGUUGAGCUUUGA